AUUAGUUGUAAGUUUUCUUAAGAUGUCAAAUUCUAGCCAAGAAGAGAAAAUAAAAACUGCAAAAGAACAAUUAAAGAACUGUCUCCAUGCCUUACAACAUGCGUCUACAGACAACGAAAAGAUGGCUGCUUUAUUGCUCUUUACUCAUCUGAUGAAGACAAAUCAAGCUCUCGCUGUGGACGCAAAUGAACUAUUUCAGGCAGUCGAUGUCCAAUUUCUUGUUCGUCUGUUGAAAAGCACAAAUGUGCCAGACGGUUGCCCUGAAUUUAUGUAUAAAUCGUUGGCCUUGAAUAUUCUCAGCAGUUUCACAGAUUACGAUAUACUGUCACAUCCCUUGCUGGUCGCUAAUUUAAACAUAGUUGCUGAAGUACUUGCUAUGGAUCGAGCCGUCCAUGAAACGACUCAAAUGUUAGACGAUAGCAUUGCAAUACUUCUGGUGUUUUCUCGGAAGGCUGAGGGCUGUAAUUACCUUUUGAAAUCUAACUGCAUUCCUCUCAUUUGCAAGGCAAUUAUUCAAAACCCAGAGGUGCAUAACUUGUUUGAAAUUUCACGGGGGAUUCUCGUGCACUUGCCAAAAUGUUCCUGGCAAGCAAGUCAUCCAGAUCUUUUAGCAAUAUUGACAUUAACAUCCAGCCAGUUUGCAACAAACCAAGAUCUUGUUAAGUUUUCAGCCUGCGACAAACUGUUGGCCCUACUGACAAGCUUAUGUGAAGCUCGACUUGAUGCAAAAAACAGUGAAAUAUUUACAUCCAAAUUAACGGACGAAAUACAACAUGGUCUCAAUGAUAUUCUCCAAUCAAGAUGUAUUGCUACACACAAGUACAUUGCAAUACAGAUCACAAAAGCAAUGAUUGAAUUACUUGGAUUAGAGUGGACAGUCAUUAGCACUAACGAGAAUAUGGUGCUUGACAUGAAGAAUACAAAAUUCUUGCUGCUAAUAUUAAGCAUUAUUGAAGUUGAAUUAUGGCUUAUUCUUGAUAAUGGUGAAAUUGAUUUAAGAUCUGAUUUCAUUGUUUCUUGCUAUGUCAUUUUGGAAAAAACCAUUGAAUUCUUGAUUUGCGACGAGGAACAUGAUUGGUCAUUUAGCAAUGAAGUCAUCAUGAAAAUACACUUGUUGCUCACUGAGACAUUUGACCGCGUUAUUCAUUUUCUUACUCAGAUUGCAUCUCAAGAUGAACCAACUCAGUGUUAUAAAAAACCUAUUAUCAUAGCAACGGUCCGCGUGCUGUGUGUCUGGUUGUCUGAGGAGACAAAUGCAUUGGCAGAUAAAAUAUCAAAAGUAUUACCAAUCCUAAUAGAAUGGGCAAGAUUAGGUCAAGAUAAUACAGGUGAGGAUGACAUUCCCACAAAAGGAAGGAUGCAAAAUGAAAUCCUCUUACACCUGCUCCCACCAUUAUGUCACCUCUCAGCAGAUGAAACAUUUUGUGGGAUCCUCAUUACAGAAGGUUGCCAUGUCCUACUGGCAGACCUAUUUCAACAACUUUGGCAAACACAGCAAGCUGAGAACAGUGACCAUGAUCCUUCCAAUCUGAUUACCCUGUGCAAUGUCCUUUUAAAUAUCUCAGUAUUAGAGGUUGACCUGAUAAAAACAAACAGCAUGUUUGGACAAACUCUAGAGUGUAUUAUGAUUGCAGUCCCAAAAAUAGUCAACUUGAACUGUUUCACCUUAACUGCCCAUUUCAUCCUUCUUGGCCUAAUACUUUUCAGGCACAGAGUCAUGCAGAAUAAUUCACAGUUAACCGUUAUUCAGAAGAAUUUUAUUUCAAAUUGCAUCAAGUUUCUUAAGCAAGUCCAUGUAUCUGUAACAGGAGAAGAGAAUGGUCAAAUAUCGUGGCAUGAUAUCUCAGAACUCUGGUUUCUAUCAGUGCAAAACCUUGUUGCAUGUGCAAAAACGUUUGAGCCAGUUAAAACAAUUCUUUUAAGUAGUGGUUGGCCAGAGGAAAUUGAACUGUGGAUCAAAACUAACAAAAGUCUGAAGCAAGACAAUAAUCAUAUACCCACUGACAUGGAAUCAACACUCCUGCCUUUAAUCAACUUAAAGUAAAUAUUUUAUACCGAUUUCGACAAAGAAUUCAAAAUACGAAGUAAGAAAUAUGUAUUCAGUCGUAUGGUAAAGGACCGCGGACGAUCUUCUCAAAUCCGGCGGGACUCUUAGAUUAAUAUCGACGCCCUUUGCCUUGUUUAAACGAAUUUUCGUAUUAUUUGUCUAUCAUAAUUUAAAGAUCCCUUAGUAGGGUUAGGGUUAAAAGACUGUCACGACAAAAGAAUCUAGACAGAAAAUCGAAUACUGGGGUUGCUACUUUACCUUACUUCAACAUAAAGAGCAACAUGUGAAUGAAAUAUAAACGGGCUGACCUGUGUUUUUGCUCUCGAGACCAAUUUAAACCCUUAUCUUUAUAUAAAUAUAAACCCGACUAAGUUAAAUUAGGACAGGUGUGUAUACUUUUCUCUUUAAAAUUUUUAAUGAAGAUACAUAUCCAAUACAUUUUCAUCAA